GUCACCACCCUUCCUGCAUUUAACCCACAUGGUGGGCCCAUAACCCACAGUUCCACUGGAUCGAAACCUGACUCUCCUGUACAUCCUUAAUUCCGAAGUAUCCUUUGCUCUUAACCUUGUGUGUUAUCAUGAGCCACCCUCUGAGAGAUGAUCUAUUCCCAAUGCUCUGAGCCCCCCUUCUCAUACUCUGUUCAGGUAUCGAUCGUUUGUACAUUCACAUGAAACUUCCUAUUGUACCUUCAUACUUUGCUCUUGAUGUUUUCUGAAGUUUCGACUCGAGAGAUACUUCUGCCACAUUCCCUUAAUUGUUCACGAGAUGAUUAACCCUAUAAAGAUUAGUCCUCCUGAAGUUACCCAUCACUUCCCCACUUAAAUCUCGGGACGAGAUUUCUUGUAGUGGAGGAGAUUUGUAACGCCCCGAGAAUCAUGCCACAGUAAUCUCCCACUAAUCAUGCCAUGUCAUCAUGAUUACCUUGCUAGUUGCCACUUGUUCAAAACAUCAAGUCCAAAAUUCAAAUUUAUCAAACAUACAAACUGAAAUGUUCAAAGUGUGGCAAAUAUUCCAGAACUAAUUAUGGUGGUGACCCCACAUUUUUGUAAAGUAUUAAAAUGCCCUUUUGUGAAUAUAAAGUGGGUUUAACAAUUAAUUAAAUGCCUUUUCUAAUUUAUAAAAUAUUGAACUAUUUUAUUUGAGCCAAACUUUUUCUGCCAUCUAAGGACAUUGUCUAGUAUUUAUAUGACAUGAUUCACAUUUUACAAAAAUUGUUUGGUGGGUCAACUAAAUGCAAAACAGGAGCUCAAAAACAAACAGCCACGAAAUUGAAAAACAAAGGUAAAAAAAAAGCAAAAGGAAACAGCCCACCCCCUUGUCCCCAUGGGCCUUAGCCCACCCAGCCGGCCCAACAUCUCAGCCAGCCCACCUACCCCAUCGGUCGCCUUCGCCUACUGUUCUCCUGGCGCGACCGCUACAGGGACACGUCCCUGUCGGACCAGCUCGCCGGCGCCGCCCCGAGGGGAUAAGGGCGCCGUCCCCUCGACGCCUCGAGCCCUCCCGUCCACUCACCGCUCCCCACUUGCGCCCCCUCGCUCUCUCUCUUGCCCACGCACUCGUCACCUCCUCCAGAUCCAUCGCCGAGCACGGUCGUUGCCGCUCGCCUCACUCUGCCAUGGCCAGCAGGCACAUCUCGCCUCGCCGUUGCGUCCACAAAGACCGCCGUCGUCCGCUGCGUCUACUACGGAGACGAAACGAGCCGGAACCCCUUCCAUCGUUGAGCCGGCCCUCUGCUUCCACCUCCGGCCACCGAAGGCCGCCGCCGUCGUUCUGCUGCACCGAGCCUCCCCCGAGCCCGCUCAUGCACAUCUGCAGGUCCGCG